AGUGUGUAAGUCUCUCUCCUCUUUUCACUGGCUAUCGAAGUGAGCAAAUUAGCUAGCCCGAGAAAAACUGGAAGUGAGUAGAGAGCGCUCUCAACAGAACCGGCAAUGGACUGGGUCGCUAACAGCUCUGAUCACCUCGCUAUGAAGGAGGAUGUUUUCAGGAGAUACUUGAACAGCACGGAGGACUACCUAGCCUUUUUAUAUGGACCCAAGCGGAGCCAUCUGUUUUUGCCCAUGACUUUGGUGUAUGCCUUGAUUUUUGUGGUUGGGGUGAUGGGCAACCUUUUAGUGUGCCUGGUGAUCCUUACGCACCGGAACAUGAAAACGCCGACCAACUACUAUCUCUUCAGUCUGGCCAUGUCCGACCUGCUGGUGCUGCUCUUCGGGAUGCCCCUGGAGGUCUACGAGAUGUGGAGCAACUACCCUUUCCUGUUCGGCCCGGUGGGAUGCUACUUCAGGACAGCCCUCUUCGAGACCGUGUGCUUCGCCGCGGUUCUGAACAUGGCCACCCUCAGUGUGGAACGGUACAGAGCCAUCCUCCAUCCUUUCCGCGCCAAGCUGGAAAGCACCCGGAAACGUGCCCGGAGGAUAAUCACUGUGCUCUGGAUCCUCUCCGUUCUCUUCUCGCUGCCCAACACCGGCACCCACGGCAUCGUGCUGCAACACUUCCCCAAUGGCACUCUGGUCCCCGGCUCCGCUACCUGCACCGUGGUCGUGCCCAUGUGGAUCUACAACUGCAUCAUCCAGGUCACUUCCUUCCUCUUUUAUGUGUUGCCCAUGGCUGUCAUUAGCGUGCUGUACUACCUGAUGGGGCUGAAACUGAGAGGAGAGAAAUCUUUGGAAGCAGAUGAAAUGGCUGUGUCUAUUCAGAGACCCUCCAGAAAAUCAGUCACCAAGAUGCUGUUCGUUCUGGUGAUGGUAUUCGCCAUAUGCUGGGCCCCCUUUCACAUUGAUCGACUCUUCUUCAGCUUUGUCGUGGAGUGGACUGAACCACUGGCUAAUGUGUUCAACCUCAUCCACGUUGUGUCAGGCGUUUUCUUCUAUCUGAGCUCCGCUGUGAAUCCCAUCAUUUACAACCUGCUUUCCCGUCGCUUCAGAACGGCUUUCCUCAACGUGAUCUCUCCUCCGUGCGGGCGCUGGUGCACCAAACAGCCUACCAGUGAGAUUCCAGCCCAGCGGAGCAUCUUCCUGGUGGGGGACCACGCUCUAAGGAACUGUGCUGAGGAAGCAAGCUCGCUGUGCAUGCGCAGAACGUCUGUCUGUAGCUCUCAGCUUUCUACUGGCCUAUGA